AUGGUAUCUCUUGGCCCAAGCAAGUUCUACGGCAACAGCCUCCCCCGCCCUCGCAUUUACAACGACGUCAAGUUCAACGACCACCGUGUGGACCCACCCACUCCCGUCAACGAUCCGUUAAUGUCUUGGGCCGAAGAAGCCCACUGGUCCAUGGGUGGCCUCAGCUUCAAGCGCCUCCGCCUCCAGGGCAAAAUCGAGGGAAACGUCCAAAACCUCCGCUCCCAGCGCGAGAAGGCCCAGUCCCAAAGCCCAACCUUCCCGGUCCACUCCAGAUCGAAAAGAGAAGCUUCUCCUUCGCCCCCACCGGCUCCGUUUGUGGUGAAACGUCGAAGGUACAUGGAUCUGCUCGAGGAGGAAGCUGGUCAAGGUCGGAAGAAUCGGUUAGUGAAGAAGCUUGGUGAUGAUUUUGAUAGGGUGGCUUCUUCGGAAAGCGAGGGUUCUGAUACGGUGUCGUUGAAGACUCGGAGUCGGAGGUUGGUUAAGGGUGGUGAAACUGUGCAGAAGGCGGUGGUUGAAGAGGCGGAGAUAUCAAAUCCCAAAGCAAAGAAUAGUGGCAGUGAAGGUGAGACGAGUCCUAGGGUUAGAACUUCACCCAGAUUUGCCAAGCGUGUGUCCAAUUAG